GACUCGACUCUUCCGAACCCACUUUUGGUUUUUCAAGUGUGUCGUCCGAAACAUGAAAAAGUUUGUAUUUCGAGAAAUCGAUCGAGACGAAAAGGCCCAGCGCCGGGAACAUUAGCUGACAAGAAGCGGGUUGCACGGCUUCGAGUCUGACAGCUACCUGCAACCCCCCAAACCCGGGGUGGGCCCGAGCGCCGUGCGCGCCCGACUUCGCCACGGCCGGACCAUGGGAACCCAAAAGCCGCGGAUUUUGCCUUGGCUGAUAUCGCAGCUGGACCAGGGGCGGCUGGAAGGCGUGGCCUGGCUGGACGCGAACCGCCGACGCUUCCGAAUCCCCUGGAAGCACGGUCUGCGGCAGGACGCACAGCUGGUGGACUUCGGCAUCUUCCAGGCCUGGGCGGAGGCCAGCGGUGCCUACACUCCUGGGAAAGACAAGCCAGACCUGCCCACCUGGAAGAGAAAUUUCCGGUCUGCCCUGAAUAGGAAGGAAGGGAUACGCCUCACUGAGGACCGGAGCAAGGACCCCUAUGACCCGCAUAAGGUCUACGAGUUUGUGGACUCAUCAGAGGCUGGAGACUCUCCUCACCUUGACACCUCUCCAGACACUGAUGCUGGAGGCGUUACCCCAGACACCCAGGAAGACCUCCUGGAGUUGCUGGGUGACAUGGCAUUGGCCUCACUCCCACAAGAGGGUGCCUCGGGCCUGGCUGUGGCCCCUGAUCACUACCCUCAGGUCUUGUUGAACAAUUCUAUGCCCCACCCAAACCCGGCACCCCCUGGUAACCCACUGAGGCUGCUGUUGGUGUCUGAGGAACAGUGGGAGUUCGAGGUGACCGUCUUCUACCGAGGCCGGCAAGUCUUCCAGCGGAACGUCUUCUGCCCCCAGGGCUUGCGGCUGGUGGGCUCAGAGGAUGUGGACCCGACGCUGCCUUGGCAGCCAAUAGCACUGCCAGACCCUGGGCUGUCGCUGUCUGACAGGGGAGUGAAGGACUUCGUGAGGCAUGUGCUCAGUGGCCUGAAGGGUGGCCUGGCUCUGUGGCGGGCUGGGCAGCAGCUGUGGAGCCGUCGCCUGGGACACUCCCAUGCUUACUGGGCCAUAGGGGAGGAGCUGCUCCCCAACAGCGGGCACGGGCAUGAUGGUGAGGUCCCCAAGGACAAGGAUGCAGACGUGUUCAACCUAGCGCCCUUCGUGACAGAUCUCAUUGCCUUCAUGGAAGGAAGUAGACGUUCGCCACGCUACACCCUCUGGUUCUGUGUGGGAGAGGCGUGGCCUCGGGACCAGCCGUGGGUCAAGAGGCUCGUGAUGGUCAAGGUUGUUCCCACAUGCCUCAGAGCCCUUCUGGAAAUGGCCCGCUUGGGGGGGGCCUCCUCACUGGAGAACACCGUGGACCUGCACAUUUCCAACAGCCAACCCCUCUCCCUCUCAUCGGACCAGUACAAGGCCUACCUGCAGGACCUGGUGGAAGACAUGGAGGUCUAGGCUCCUGGAGGCCCAGGCCUAGGGUUGCUGGGACCAAUAAAGCAAUUCCUGCUGUA